UUCAAUACACAUUUCGUAAUUACAAAAAUUAAUAUUCUUCAGUUUAAAUGCAUUUCAAGAAGGAAUAAAAAGAUUGAAAUGCAUAUUUCGGGAGUGGAUCUAAGAGGAUGUCAAUUUCCUCGACAACAGUUAACACCAGAGGAGGAAGCAAGAUUUUUAGCGCUACGCAUAAAUGUAGUGAACAAGUAUAAGAUUAUUGCUAUGGCGAUGGCAGGUGGUGCGGUACUGUUAAUCAUUGCUGGUAUAGUAAUUGUUUCUAAGAGCACAGGAGGUGGCUUCCCCUUGACAUCUGGAUCUCCUAUUUGGGCUGGAUCAUUGAUCUUAUUAGGAGCUAUCUUUGGACUUGCACUUGGAUCAAGUAAUUCAGAAUGGAAAACAGAAAGUGAUAAAUCAAAACAACGAUGUCUUGUUAUCGUGUUUUAUGUUUUUGCUGUAACGUCUUUCUCAUUUAUGGGAUUGUGUAUUGGAUAUUCAGCAUGGUCAAUGGCAGCAUGUGCAAGUAGGAAUGAAGAGAGUACUACAUGUAGUACAAGUUUUGACCUACAAAUAGGAAUGAAUGCUGUUGCUAUUGUAACAGCAAUCGGUCUUUUUAUGUGUUGCCUCACCGUGUGUAUAAUGUUUUGUUACUAUAGAAAAGCUUUUCUGUUCCAGUCAAGACAAGAACGAGUGGCUCAAAUGCAGCUAUUAUUACAACAACAACAACAUCAAAUUGCAAUGUUAAGCCAAUCGCAGCAGCAACCGUAUUAUCCCAAUACACAAGGAACGCAAUUCUCAAAUACUGGAGCAGGAUAUGGAACUACUUUUUCACAUUCGCCACCGUCUUAUUCAGAGGCAUUAUACGGUGAAAACAAGCGAUAAUUAGACAGUCAUAUGUGUGUAUUAUUGUGAGGUUUUAAAAUUAUCGUAAACAUUUACACCAGAACGUGUUACCUUAAUCGUUAUAUAGUAAUUUAGUUUAUCGAAUCAUUGUGCAUAAAGCAUGUAUGAGUGUCUAAAGGAAGUCAUUGAAACCCGAGUCCAUUAGCAUCAAGUAUAAAUAGUAAAUUUAUACAACAAAAACACACAACAUGUUUCCGAAUACCUAAGGAAUGUUGUUUCCAUAUACUGAUGAAUGUUUUGUAGACGCGUGUCUGACGUACACAAUUAUAAGCCUGGUAUCUCUGAUAUUCUUAGUUUUAUCAUCACAGCCUAAGCCCUUUGACAAUAUAAAAGGUUGCUUGGCGCGUACAUUGUUCUAUCUUACUGUGCUGCGGAUGACGUCAUAUUGAUAGCCGACUACGACAGAGACCUUUUUGAGAGAAAAAAAGAAAAAACUAAAGUCAGAAACGUAUAUUUAUUUACGAAAUAAUUUCUUCAAAGUUCAUGCUGUAACAUAUCCUACCGUAAUAGGCCUUCUUGUCAGUUCGGCCGGACUUUUUUUUUAUUGUACUAAGGGACCGUGCAAUAUUUAUCAGGCAGGUGGGACCGGUGCAAAUUCUGGUUAUGACCAAAAAAAAAAAGGGAAUGUCCUAUACUGAUUUCGGCUGUAAAAACCCAAUGUCCUAUGACUUGCACGCAGAGAAAAGUAUGUGUCCUAUAAACUUUAUCUGAAUUAAUCUGGUACUAAGGGAUAGGAUGUUCUUGGUGAUGAAGUAAUAAAUGAAAACUGUUUUUGAAUAUUGUUGUUUAAGUAUGUACAUGAUCAAUAUUACAAUAAAAAAGACAUUUAAGAUUGAAAUUUAAAAAAUAUCUGGAAUUUAAAAUUGAUACUAUAAAUCAGAACAGCAUAAGUUUAUAAGGAACAGAUUAGCUAAAAAUUAUGAUAGGAUAUGGAACUCCUUUUCGAGAUAUUUGAUGUUUAAAAAAUGGGGAGAAAAGCUUUCUUGGACGUUUACCUUAUAUUUAGCAUUGGCAUUAUUUGGGCUUCAAAUCGUAAGAAAGGAAAUCUAGAAUUUGCUUUAAUUUUGUCAAAUGACUUUAUUGACUUAUUGAAGUCUUCUAUGAAAAGAAAAGUUUCAAAUACAAAUUUUGAUCCUAAUAUAUUUAUUUUAAUGUAGACCUUCAAAAAAAUAAAAGUAUUUCUAUUGUAGAUGUGAUGUUAAACUUGCAAAAAUAAAAAUUGAAGAAAACAUGUAUUAACGCCCUUUAAAGAAAUAAACUCUUUUACACUUGCUAUAUUUGAAGAAUAGAAGAAUUGAAUUUUGUAUGUACUCCAAUAGACCACUUUCGAGUUAUGUCCUUCACCGGAAAAAAAUCUUCAAUUAUGCGCGCCUUUAUGACGUCAUUUACCAGAUAGAGGGGAUCGCCUGUAUCCCUGCACUAUUAACGUUCACCAAGCGUCAUUGUGCAGGAUAAACUAGAAAUAAUGUUUGUUCCGUAGGUACUUAAUCACAAUUCUCUAAUAACAGCAGUGCUGGUUGUCAAUUAUAAGAAUUUAAUUUGCCGAAUAAUUCGUGCAAUAAAGCAUCAUAUUUUUGCAACCGCUCGCUCAACAUGGGAAAGGAAGUGACGAUGCCCCUAAACGCAUGAAUGAUGUUCACUAAAACCAAAGUUUUGACGGAAAUGCAACGAACUCGAAAGUUGUCUAUUAUAUUUGCCUCUUUUUGUUGAAAUUUAUUGUCAUGAAUAUUUGAUUUUUCUUUUGUUAAUUAUGAAGCUAUAUACAUGUAAAAACAUGCAAGAACGGUUCUUACAUUUAUGAAAUAUUAAAGUGGAAAGUUUAAUAUAGGGUAUGAACAGUACAUCUACAUUGUAAUAAAAUAUAUGUAUAUGUUGUUCAAAUUUGCCUAUUUACCUAGAAAGAGGUUUCUUCAUUUAAUUUGUUCAUUUGAUGAUUAUUACUUGCUUUUUAAAUAUGAAAAUAUCAUGUAUUUCCAUGAAAAUAUAUUAAAGAUGAUUAUUUAAGCCAAACAAAUAAAGAGCCGAUAUGUCAUAAUUGAACAUUAAUAAAAUUUGCCAAUCAAACAAUUACUAUAAUAGUAAAUAUCAUUUAAGUGUGUUUCCUAUUAUAGAGCACAUGUACACUUAGAAAAAAAGGUAAGCAACAUUUAUUUUUAAUUUAAUAUAUUUUAACAAACAAACUAUACUUUUAAAUAUAACAAAUAAAUAUAUUAAGUUAACAAUGUUUUUUUUUUUGUUAUAAUAUAAACUAUUUUGUAAAUGUUUCUUGUUUGGAUAUUUAGUUAAAUAAAAUGUUUUGUUUGAU